UUUUGGGAUGUUAAAACAACUGGUAUAAAAGAAUUUAUUUAAUUCUAUUUUUCAUUUAGCUAUUUUCCUAUGAUGUCGUCACAGCUUGGCUCAAAUGGUAACUAACACAGAAUAAAUAUGUUUUACAGAAUCCGAUGGCACAAUCAAACCGGUCAAACUGAGUGUGAAGGAAGCUAUGAAGCCAACUAACGGAAGAAAGAUCGUACUCAGGUUUAACAGUGCACUGCAACCAGUUGGGGAUGAAGCAGGUCUACUGAGCGGCGUUAUGGAACUGCUAGGAUCUGACUACACCAAAUUCCCAAUCUGUGAGAAGGAUUGGAGAAAGAUUCGCACCAAGGACAAGGUCUAUAAUGAAUGUGUAAAGGAAAUGUUCCAUUUUAAAGAAGAUAGUAGAGGAAUUAUCAAGCGUAUAAUAUUCAAAAUGCUAGGAAGGGCUUGGAAGGAAACGAGGAACAGAUUAUACCAUCACUGCUAUGACUCAAAACUUUCACUUGAUGAAAAUAUUGAAAACUGCCCAAAUAGAAUUACCGCGGACCAUUGGAGAUGGUUUCUCGAUUAUCACAAUAGUGAAGAGACACAGGUAAUAUAGUUUUGUUUCAUAGCAGAAAAAGUCUAUUUAUGUCACAUUGAGUUAGUCAGAACUAGUGUUUAGUAACUCUUAAUUUGAUAGCAUGACAGGAGAAGUGUAAGAAAAAUGCUGAGAAUCGAUCAAAGCAGCUUUACACCCACACUGGCAGAUCGAAAAGCUUGGUAAGGCUCAGAGAAGAAGAGGUAAUCUCUACAAGCAGAGUUGGCAGUAGAGAAAUUGAAAAGAAAGGCAAUGGAGGAUGAAGUAGCAGUCGAGAAGAACAAAAGACAGGCAGUGGAGGAUGAAGUAGCAGCCGGGAAGACAAAAAGACAGACAAUGGAGGAUGAAGU